AUGUCCCUGAACGUGUCAGAUCCUGCACUCAUUGAAGCUUACGAAGAUGUCAGAGAUGACAAAACUGAGACUAACUGGGCAUUCUUUGAUUUUGCCAACACAAAGCCCGACCGUCUUCAAGUUUCUGGUACAGGAGCAGGUGGUCUUUCUGAAUUCGUUGCCCAUCUAAAACCAGAAGUAGCUGGAUGGGGUUAUGUCAGAAUGAAUAUGAGUAAUGAUGAAUAUUCCCAACGUGUUAAGUUUGUACUUGUGCCAUGGUGUGGUGACAAAGUAGGCGUGAUGCGUAAAGCCAAAUUAUCCAUUCAAAUAGCUGAAGUCAAGAACGUCCUUCGAAACUACCACAUCGAAGUGCCUGCUUCCAGUGUGCAAGAUUUAAGCGAAAAUGAAGUGCUGACAAGACUUAGACGAGCUGGUGGCGCAAAUUAUGAUAGACAAUCAAGCAACUAUUAA